UCGUAGAUUUUCGUUCUCGUGCGUCGGUUUCAGCAGUUGUCGAAAUUUUCACGCGUUCGUGUCAGGAAAUCGUUUACAGCGCGAGUUAAAACCAAUUUCAACGAAACUUAAACGAUCUCUAGCAUCUGGAAGGCAAACAUCAAAUCAGCAAAAUGGUGGAUAAAAUUGAAAUGAGUUUGGAUGAUAUCAUUAAGUCGACGCGCACACAGAAGAAACCACAGGGUGGUCGCGGUGGACCAAGUGGAGCUCGCCGGCCUGGCGGACAACAGCGAUUUGGCACUGGAGGAACACGCCGUGGUGGUGGUCCUAGUGGGGGCUCACCGCGCAAGCCAGCACCAGCGAGUGGUGCCGGCGGUGUGCUCAAAGGUCGCCGCGGAGCCGCUAGCGGCGUAAUACAGAAGCCUCGGCUCGCAAGGGGUGAUGUAAACAGCGCUUGGAAGCAUGAUAUGUACGAUGGUCCAAAACGAAACGGCAGUGCUGGCAACAGUACAGGGCCAACUCGUUUGAUAGUCGGCAAUUUGGACUAUGGAGUAUCAAAUACGGACAUCAAGGAGCUAUUCAAUGACUUUGGUCCGAUGAAGAAGGCUGCCGUGCAUUAUGAUCGUUCAGGUCGCUCGUUGGGUACCGCUGAUGUAAUAUUCGAGCGUCGUUCUGACGCCCUCAAGGCUAUUAAGCAAUAUCAUGGUGUACCCUUAGAUGGCCGCCCUAUGACCAUACAACUUGCCGUCUCAGAUGUAACCGCCCUGACGCGCCCAGUCCCUGCCGAUGAUGUGAAACGUCGUGUUGGCGGAGCCGCAGGGUCACAAUUUAAGCGCGGUGGAGGGCAGGUAGGAGGUGGACCGCGUCGCGGAAGUUUUAAACGUCCAGCUGGAGGAAAACCGGCUGCGGGUGCCCAACGGCGCGAGAGGAAAGCCGCUCCAACUGCCGAAGAACUAGAUGCUGAAUUAGACUCGUAUAUUAAUGACAUGAAGAUCUAAAUAGCUAUAGUAUGAACUUAGCCUAAAACAAAAAUAUUGACUCAAUAUUAUGGUUCAACAACCAGAACAAUUCAACGAACCGAACUUGUUCGAGAACAGCUUUUAGUCAUAAUGUCUAUAACAUCUUACAUAAUUUUUCAUUUAAAUUAUACAUAAUGCUGUUUGGGCUUGCGCAUUAAUUUGUUAAAUGUGUCAAUGUGGCGCCAUUCUAGUUGAUAAUUCAUAAAUACAUAAAUAUGUAUUUAUUCGUAAACAUAAUUUUACUUUUUAAAAGAACAAUGACAAGAUGGUCAUGAUAUUUGUAAAAUCAGGUAUAAUAAAUAUUAGAUAUAAUGACAAACCCAA